AUGUUUGGGGGUCUGGCCCUCUCCCGCUUGCGGGUGUGGCUGGCGUACGCGUUGGGAGCGCCUGCUUGCCCCUCCUCCGGGGGGGGAAGGACUGGCCGUCGUCCCUGCCCCGGGGGUGCGGGUGCGCCGAGCCCUCGGGAGGCCUGGCUCGGGUGUGGGCUGCGGGGAGAAGGCGCGGGAAGGAAGGAAGGAGGCGAAGCGGUGCGGGAGGGAGGCGGCCGUUGCCAUGGAAGGAGCUGCAAGCCUCCCUGCAGACCGCGAGCGGAGCCCCCGCACCCCCGGGGCUGGCCCCUGGCCUCCCGCCCCAGCCCGGCCGGCGGCCCCUCCCUGCUCCGCUGUCCGCCUUGGGUACAGAAGCGGCGAGUGGCCCCUUUCCAGGAGGCCUGUUUACCCGCACGACAACAGCAAAUUAGUGCGCUUAAGAGGCAUUCAGCGUUUAUCCCGGCAAACAUGCGCGGCGCGAAGGGGGCCUGCGAGGCCUGCUCCCCGGAAUCUGCUGAAAUGGGGUCUGCUGUGCAUCCUAAUCGACUUCCUUCCACCCACCACAUUAAAUGCAUUUAAUCUACUCCUGCAAAUGGCUAAUUUUGAAAAUCCGCUUAUCAGAAUUAGG